UAACUUCGACUUCUCAGUUCUCAGAUCCGUCAGUGGCGGCAGACCCGAAGACGGAGACAGAGAGAGGGGAAGAGCUUGAUCGCCCCCUACCAGCCAUGGCGGCUCGGAUUUUGGCCGUGUUCCUGCUGCUCUUCUUAUCGGCCGCUCCCCUCGGCUCCUCCCUCUACGAGGACCAGGUCGGCCUCAUGGACUGGCAUCAGAAGUACAUUGGCAAGGUGAAGCAUGCAGUUUUCCAUACACAGAGGUCUGGACGGAAGCGUGUCGUGGUGUCGACCGAAGAGAAUGUUAUUGCCUCACUUGAUCUACGGCACGGGGAUAUUUUUUGGAGACGUGUUCUCGGGGCCAAUGAUGUUGUGGAUGCAAUUGAUGUUGCGCUUGGAAAAUUUGUGAUUACCCUAUCAUCGGAUGGGAGUACUAUUAGAGCAUGGAAUCUACCAGAUGGGCUGAUGGUCUGGGAAACUUUUAUUCGUGGCUCAAAGUCCUCAAAGUCAUUGUUGUUAUCAGGGACAAAUUCUAAAGUUGACAAGGACAACACAAUUCUAGCUUUCGGUGAAGGUUGUCUAGUUGCUGUUUCAAGCGCAGACGGUGAGGUGCUUUGGAAGAAAGAUUUUGCUGAUGCAAGCUUUGAGGUUCAACAGAUUAUUCAGUCCCCUGGAAGAGAUGUGGUUUAUGUUUUAGGUUUUGUUGGUUCUUCCAGUUUUGAUGCGUAUCAAAUAAAUGGGAAAAAUGGAGAGGUGAUGCACCAUGACACCGCAAGUUUUGCUGGUGGUUUUUCUGGGAAUACGUUACUUGUUUCAGAUGAUGUGCUUGUGGCUUUGGACGCAGCCAUGUCCCAUUUGAUAACAAUAAGUUUCCAAGGUGGAGGACUUAGCAUUAAUGAGAAGCCUAUUUCCAAUCUCGUUGGUGAUUUUGCUGGACCAGUGGAGAUAUUAGCGUUGAAGCUUGGCAGAAUGUUUGCGCUUAAAGCUAAUAAGCUCAUAACAUUCAUAAGUAUCAGUAAUGAUGGCAAGUUGGAUGUUUUGGAAAAAAUCAACAGUGCAGCAGCUAUUAGUGACGCCUUAUCAGUCUCAGAUGGUCGGCAUGCUGUUGGUCUUGUUCAACAGGUAGAUAAUAAGGUCGAAUUCACUGUCAAGCUUGGCAACGACUGGAAUACUAAUUUGCUCAAGGAGACCAUCAAUAUGGACCACCAGAGAGGAUUUGUCCGGAAGGUCUUUAUAAACAACUAUAUCCGGACAGACAGAUCACAUGGUUUUAGGGCAUUAGUUGUUAUGGAAGAUCAUUCACUUCUAUUAGUACAGCAGGGUGAGAUUGUAUGGGGUAGGGAGGACGGGCUCGCGUCAAUUUUAGAUGUGACAACAUCCGAACUACCUGUGGAGAAAGAUGGUGUUUCUGUGUCAAAAGUAGAGCAAAACCUUUUUGAGUGGCUCAAGGGGCAUAUUCUGAAGCUCAAGGGAACAUUGAUGCUUGCAAGCCCUGAAGAUAUGGUAGUAAUCCAAGGGAUGAGGCUGAAGAGUUCUGAGAAGAGCAAAAUGACUAGAGACCACAAUGGCUUUCGUAAAUUGCUCAUAGUACUUACUCGGGGUGGCAAACUUUUUGCCUUACACACUGGAGAUGGACGCAUAAUCUGGUCUCGACUGUUGGAAUCUCUGCGUAAAUCUGAGGCUUGUGAACAUCCAACCGGCCUUCGUAUUUAUACUUGGCAGGUUCCCCAUCACCAUGCAAUGGAUGAAAAUCCAUCUGUUCUUGUUGUUGGCAGAUGUCAACAGAACCUGGAUGCUCCGGGAAUUCUCUCUUUUGUUGAUGCAUAUACAGGAUCUGAGAUUAAAUCUGUGGGUCCUGUUCAUUCAGUGUUGCAAGUUAUUCCCCUCCCAUUCACAGAUUCAACAGAACAGCGUUUGCACCUACUGAUAGAUGCUAAACAGCGUGUACACUUGUACCCACGAUCUCGGGAGGCUCUCAGUAUCUUUCAACAGGAGCGUUCAAACAUUUAUUGGUACUCUGUUGAAGCCGACAAGAGCAUUAUCCGGGGAUAUGCGAUAAAGAGAACCUGCGUUCAUGAGGAUGCAGGUGACUACUGCUUUGAACCCAGGGACUUGUGGUCAGUUGUAUUUCCUGGGAAAUCAGAGAAGAUUGUUUCAACAGUCACCCAAAAAUUAAAUGAGGUGGUUCACACUCAGGCAAAGGUAAUGGCUGAACAAGAAUUGAUGUAUAAAUACAUAUCGAAGAAUCUUCUUUUUGUGGCAACAGCUUCCCCAAAAGCAAGCCAUGAGAUCGGAUCGGCCAUCCCAGAUGAGUCAUUUUUGGUAGUCUAUCUUAUUGAUACCAUAACAGGCCGUAUUUUGCAGCGUAUGACUCAUCAGGGCUGUCAAGCACCAGUACACGCUGUUUUCAGUGAGAACUGGGUUGUCUACCACUACUUCAAUCUCAGAGCCCAUAGAUAUGAGAUGUCUGUCAUCGAGAUAUAUGACCAGUCUCGGGCAGACAACAAAGAUGUCCUGAAGCUCGUUGUGGGAAAGCAUAAUCUCACUUCACCCACAUCUUCUUACUCUCGACCAGAGGUUGUAGCAAAGUCACAGUCCUACUUUUUCACUCAUUCAGUGAAAGCUAUAACAGUGACCUUAACUGCCAAGGGCAUAACUUCGAAGCAGCUGCUCAUUGGUACUAUCAGCGAUCAGGUUUUGGCUUUGGACAAGCGUUAUUUGGAUCCCCGUCGUUCACUUAAUCCUUCACAAGCCGAGAAAGAGGAGGGAGUUAUACCUCUUACAGACUCAUUACCAAUUAUACCUCAGUCUUACGUGACACAUGCCCUUAAAGUUGAAGGGCUCCGAGGCAUAGUAACUGUACCUGCAAAGCUGGAGUCUACAACCCUCGUCUUCUCAUAUGGUGUCGAUAUCUUCUUCACCCGUCUCGCGCCCUCGAGGACCUAUGACUCCCUCACAGAGGACUUCAGUUACGCACUGCUUCUUAUCACGAUAGUAGCACUCAUUGCAGCGAUCUUCGUCACGUGGGUUUGGUCCGAGAGGAAAGAGCUCCAAGAGAAGUGGAGAUGAGGUUGGCCAUGUCUCAUCGUUUUCCCGUAGUUCUUCCCUUCUUGAACUUCCUGCAUUCUUUUACCUUGAAUUUCGCAUAGAAUACGGCUCUUUUAACUUGUAACUUAUAUAUUCAAUUCUUGUAGCAUGUAGCAAGCGACUAUUCUCCUCUCAGCGGGGCAAUCCUUAGCCUGUUGCAAGAAUUUUGUAAAAUCGGGAUUUUUAGAUCGUGUCUAAACAUUGCUCGUUAUUUAUCUCCACGAAUUGUGAGAUAUGUCAAGAGUGACUCCGAUGUUAUGCUGUCGUUCUUCAAUUCUCUGAAAGAGCACUGAUGGAUGAAAAUUGCGAA